AAAUUAGUGAUAAUAAUAAUUAUUAUUGAUAUAAUGAUAACAAUACAAUACAAAUAUUGCAUGAAUAAUGAAUUCAACCUGUAAAUAAAACGAUAAAAUAAUAAGAUAAAAAUAACGUUAAAAUUUGUCAAUGUGAUAUUUCUAAGACUUAAAAAGUACUACUAUUACUAGUACUUAUUACCGAAGGAUUUCUUCGUGCGUCGUACUUUGUAAUUUAUGUUAUAAUGUACUCACUAUAAUUAUAAAUAUAAUUUCUUAUAAAUAUGCCGAUAGACAUAAAAUGUGUUAAUUGCAUAAACAUGGACAGUGUAGAGGAAGGACAAGUUCCAAAGGAAUUCAUUGAGUAUGAUUUUGCAGAAGACGCUCUCGAUUUUGAGAUUCAGUUAGCAGAGGCGCGUGAAGUAAAAUUUACACACACGUUAGUAGAGCCUUUAUCGAUUGGAUCUCACGUUGUGUGCACGGGCACACCCUCUGACGAUUUACCAUGGUUUGCCGUGAACAUUGGGUGCGGGGAUGCCGAAUCGGGUCGAGGAGACGUAGCCAUCCACUUUAACGUUCGCCUGCCACAAUGCUACGUCGUGAGGAACACAAAGCGCCACGACAAGUGGGGACUCGAGGAAACCACUGCUUAUCGAUUAUUCCCAUUCAAAGCGGACGCGCUAUUCACGAUCGAGAUUCUAGUGGAUGAAAAGGAAACAUUGUGGGCAGUGAAUGGGGAGCAUUAUUGCAGUUACGAACAUAGAAACCCGAGCCCACUUAUAGCGAGUUGGGUACAAGUGACGGGCAUUAGAGAUGCGACGUUAAGCGUCAUGAAGACUGAUAUUUACCCGACGUUAGCGUCGCCGGUGUUAGAAGUACCAGUAAGAGAUUAUUUCAAAGGUCCUGCUAAAGGCGAGGAACCAACUUGGCAUUCCAAUAUCAUAGCUGCAUUACCGUUUGGUAUUCCAGAUGCUCACCAAUUGGUUAUUCAUGGAAGACUACGUCCAAUGCUACACUCGUUCAUCCUCGACCUGAUGGACUACACGCGCGAGUGGCCGCGCCCCAACAUCCAGCUGCACGUGAGCCUGCGCGCGCACGCCGACUCGCACCUCGACCGGCAGCUCGUCGUGCUCAACGCGUGGCUCGGCGCCUGGGGGCCCGAGCGCAGGCAGCGCACCGCCCGGCUCGUGCCCGGCACUAAGUCAACAUUCCGCAUAGUCCGAGGGCCGACUGAAUGGUCCAUAUUUGCGGAUGACAUUCUCAUCGGUGAGUUGGAGUAUCGAGCAGCGGCGGCUGGUGUCAAAGCGCUAAGAAUUCGGGGAGACCUUUACCCAGAUGAGAUUUAUAUUUGUCCCUCCACUAACUCUCCCAUAGGAGAAGAAAAAUGCAACGGUCCAUAGAUUUAAGGCAGUGAUAACCUUAGCCUUGACUGAAUGAAAUUUUAUUAGAUGUUUUUUUUAAAGUAAGACGGUCAAUUACAGUUGAUUAUGCUUUUAUGUGUUUGUUCAAUUAAUGAAUUAGAUCUCUGAUAAAAAAGACUAUUGACCUUAAGACGACAUGCUAAAAUUGAUAUUCGAAUAUUAUAUUAAGGUUCUUAUGAUUGAAAUUAUAUCAAAGAUAUUUAUUCCUGUGUAAUUAAUGCUGGUGAUGUUUUAAAGUCGUUAUAUAUAGAUUAAUUUAUAUUUAUUGUAUCUUAUUUAUAUGAAAUGCUUAAUUAUUAUUAGAGAUGUGAUUACAAGAUGUUGCUAAUAAAAUUAAGGAAUUGUGAUAUUAUAUUGUUGAAACAGAUUUUACAAACUUAUAAAGUGCCAUUGAAAUCGAGUACAGAAAGCAUUUAUAUUGUUGCAAGUUAUUUAAUGUAUUUAUUAAGUGAUAUUUUUUGUUUAAAUGACUUUGUAUAGACUAAGACGAAUGUUAAAUUUAAACUUAUUAUAAGAUGUAAUCAUUGAACUGUUAUUAACAUGGUCGAAAUAAAGGCUAUGAUUGUAAAA